AUGGAAACCAUCUUCACAUUCGUCACACUUGUCGCUUUCGCAUCCUCUGCGCCAUUACCCGCGUCCCAACGAAUUGAGCCCCUUCCGCUCGUCUCCCUCGCCCUCAUCGGAUCACCAUCACACUACACAAUCGGUGCGGCGCAAAGCCCACAACUUUCCAAGUUCACAUCUACAUCCGGCAACGCGUGGUCGAUACAUAUACCCAUCGAUGUAUCCCUCGAUCUAAGCACACGGCCGGAGCAUGUCCAGGCCAUCGAGGUCACUGGGGUAGGAUCGGGAAAGAACCUGGCAGGAGAAGAUGUAGAGAAGGAUGAUGGGGGUGUGCUGUGUAAGGCAAGUUUGGGAUGGGGGAGUGAGGAGGUGGUCGUGGGGAUGGGCAAGGGGAGGGUUGUUGUAGAUGGAGGGAAGAUGGGUAGGGUUACUGGGUUGAGUUGUUGGAAAGCGGGGGGUUAG